AUGGACGCCAAGAUUUGCAGAGUGCUUUUUGUUCUACUCAUUGUUGAAUUUGCAGUUCUGCAGGCGGAUACAUUUUACAGUGACUGCUCUGAUGACAAAACGCUUGUCGGCGCAUUCGUGUCAAAUUGCACCCAGGCACCUUGUGUCUGUGAAGGAGGUAAUUUUGCAAGAAAAGAAAUCACCUUCAGAACAAGAAGAAGAGUUCAAUCCGGGAAGUUGCGGGUUUGCGUAAAAGACUCACAAUCAAAGAAAUGUUUACGACAAUUGCCCGGGACGGACAACAUCUGUUCAUACAUAGAAGAAGGGUGUCCAUUGAAAGAAGAUGGUGUAUACACAUUUAAAACAACGAUCUUGGUACGCGAUUUUGAGAUUAAAGGCGAAGUGAUAGAACCCUGCCCGGAUCACCCCACAUUUCAGCUAAUUUAG